UCAAGAGCAUAAACAAAUUAGAUAAUACAGAUCCUUGAUAUUUAACAAAAAUCCAAUUUUAUGAUACUAAUAACACUCAGAAACAAUAAGAAUACAAGUAAAAAAGUAAAGUAGAGGAGGAGACUAUAAAUAUACUUGCACUAUAAAUCAGUGUUGACAUGCCUUGAAGGGAGCAACAUUUUUGUUCUUCGUUCAAAUCUCCCUAUGUUUAGAAUUCUCAAGUUGAUGACGUUGAUCUCGUCAUCUCUGUUACUUCACAAGAUGAAGCUACUCAGCUUGGUGUUAUUUUUCACCACUGGCACAAAAGUAGCUUGUAGAUUGAGCAACGAGAUGGAUCGAUUAGCAUUGCUUUCAUUCAAGGAACUUAUAGCCGAGGAUCCGCUUGGCUCAUUAAUUUCCUGGAAUAAUUCCUUUCAUUUCUGCGAAUGGAACGGAGUAACAUGCAGUCGCAAGCAUAAGAGAGUAGUGGUUUUGGACCUGAGGAGCAAAAGUCUGAGGGGAACCAUGUCACCUUUCUUUGGAAAUCUCUCUUUCCUCAGAUCCCUUUACCUCCAGGACAACAACUUCCAAGGAAAACUCCCCCAGGAGGUCAGCCGCUUGUCCAGGUUGCAACAUCUGAAUUUCAGUACCAAUUCUCUUCAAGGGGUAAUUCCAACCAAUUUGUCAAACUACCUCAGUAGCAUUGAUUUAUCGUAUAAUGAUCUAGUUGGCAAAAUUCCAGCCUCGUUUAGUUCUCUCUCCGAGCUCACUUGUCUUGACCUUUUCACCAACAAUCUCGUCGGAGGGAUUCCGCCAUUUCUUGGUAACCUCUCUCUUCUCCGAACAGUUGAUUUGGGACUGAAUAGUAUCACAGGAACUAUUCCACAUUCAAUCGGUCUGCUUCCUAACCUUCGGGUAUUUAGCAUUGGAAUGAAUACAUUGUCAGGUACUGUCCCUCCCGCACUUUAUAAUAUCUCAACUCUUAUGCACCUAUUCAUUUUAAUAAACCAACUUACCGGCAGUUUACCCCAAGAUAUUGGCCUCACACUCCCUAACCUGCAAAGUAUAGUCGUUGGGGAAAACCUCUUGUCGGGAACCUUUCCAGUGUCUCUUUCUAAUGCAUCUAGAAUGAAAAUGCUUGAUGUAUCAGCUAGCAACCUCUUAGGGCCAGUUCCCUUUGACCUAGGGAGAAUGAUGAAGGAUCUAACGAGGCUAUGUCUGGGUGUAAACCAUUUCGGCUCCGGGAAUGCUAACGACUUGAGGUUCAUCAAUUUGUUAACCAACUGCAGCAAGCUACAAAAAUUUGAUUUCGAUGAAAAUGGUUUUGGUGGCGUUUUACCCACUUCCAUAGCCAAUCUCUCGAGUCACCUUGAUGAGUUUCUAGCUGGAUGAAACCAGCUAGUUGGAAACAUUCCCCCGGGAAUUUCCACCUUCGUCAACUUAGCUAACUUUGGUUUGGAACAAAACCUUUUUUCAGGUGUCAUCCCUGUUAGAAUAUUGUUAGGCUUAUGUUAGUCCCACAUUGGUUAAUUGAGUCAUUGUAAUAAGUAUCUCAUAAUAUAAAUAAAAUCAGUAUGUGUUAGGGUUAUUUUAACACCCUAUACACUUUCUCAUAUCUCAAACAACAUGGUAUCAGAGCUUACCUUACAACCCAAAUCUUAAUCCUGAUGACAUCCUGCCGCCCAUCACCACUACAUCUGCCGUGGCCGUCGUUACCCAUCCACCGUCAACCAUCAUCUAUCAUCGUUACCAUCUAGAAACCAUAAUCGAGCCCCCACAAACCCUAAUCAAGUCUGUAAGCCUGUAAACCCUAAAUCGACCUUUAAAAUCUCCAAAUCAACUUUGGUUCGGGCUGAAUCGAUCAAUAACAGCCCUAUUCGACUUCAAAAAUCUUUGAAAUACCUGACCCAGUUGCCGACAGCCAAGACCCACUUACAGGUCGUUUGGAUGGAGGGGAUUCGAGAGAGAAGAAAGGAGAGAGUGAGGAAUCUGACUCUCACCCACGUUUGGAAGAGCCAUCAGGCGAGAAAGGGGUGGGGAAGGAGAGAAACCGUUUCCUCACAGGACCCCAUUUCUGAAUUGAGCCGGAUGUGGCGCGAUUUCGUGAGAAAGGAAAGGAAGGCGCGCGUGCGGGCCACGCCGGAGUUGCUCGCUCGUCGCCAGAGUUGCUAGCUUGUCGCCGGUGUUGCGAGAUCUUUCUCGCCGGAGAGGGUUUGAUUUCUCCCGGUUGUUUGGGUUGCACAGUGAGAAAUCACUCCCCUCUCUUCUCCUUUCUCGCCAUUAAUGGAGAAGUCUCCCCUUUCUUCUCGUUUCUCACCCCUCCAUCCAAAGGGGCC